GACCCCAAUGCAGACACCGAGUGGAAUGACAUCUUACGCAAAAAAGGCAUCUUGCCCUCAAAGGAAGAUUUGAAAGAUCUGGAGAAGGAGGCAGAAGAAGAGGAGCAGCGGAUCCUCCAGCAGUCCAUUGUGAAAACAUAUGAAGACAUGACUUUGGAAGAACUGGAGGAUAACGAAGACGAAUUUAAUGAGGAAGAUGAACGUGCAAUUGAAAUGUACAGGUUACAAAGACUGGCCGAGUGGAAAGCAACCCAGCUGAAGAAUAAAUUUGGAGAGGUUUUGGAAAUCUCGGGAGAGGAUUAUGUUCAGGAAGUUACGAAAGCUGGUGAGGGCCUGUGGGUCAUCCUGCACCUUUACAAGCAAGGGAUUCCCCUCUGUGCUCUGAUAAAUCAGCACUUCAGUGCACUUGCCAGGAAGUUUCCUGAUGUCAAGUUUAUCAAAGCCAUUUCAACCACCUGCAUCCCCAAUUACCCUGAUAGGAAUCUGCCCACGAUAUUUGUGUACCUCGAAGGUGACAUCAAGGCCCAGCUCAUCGGCCCUCUGGUGUUUGGCGGCAUGAGCCUGACGCUGGACGAGUUGGAGUGGAAGUUGUCUGAGUCUGGAGCCAUCAAGACGAGCCUGGAGGAGAACCCCAGGAAGCCCGUGGAAGACGUGCUGCUAUCCGCGGUGCGGUGCUCCGUCCCCGCCAGGAGGGACAGCGAUUCCGAGGAUGACUGA